AUGGAGGCCAAGGAGCUCACCGGUAGCCCAUUCACGCAGAUCGCCGCUGUGUUCGUGGCGGUAUGGAGGAGGAGGCACCUUGAGCUGCCCUCGGACCCCUUGCUUCUGUUCAACGUCGAUGAAACUCAGAGCAAGAAGAAGAAGAAGCAGAUGUUGCCCCACAACAAGGAGUUUCGAUUAUCGCCUCCUCCCUCACUCCAGCGCUGCCUCCUCGUCGCCGCCUCCCUCACUCCAGCGCUGCCUCCUCGUCGCCGCCUCCCUCACUCCAGUGAUGCCUCCUCGUCGCCGCCUCCCUCACUCCAGCGCUGCCUCCCUCACUCCAGCGCCUCCUCCCUCACUCCAGCGCUGCCUCCUCGUCGCCGCCUCUCCCUCACUCCAGCGCCGCCUCCCUCACUCCAGCGCCUCCUCGUCGCCGCCUCCCUUACUCCAACGCCUCCCUCAGUUCACCACCACCACUCCAGCUGCCUCCUCGUCGCCGCUCGCCUCCGCCCUCCUCACCACAAGACGCGCGCGCACCGACCACCAUCGAUUUUAGAUUUUGGGGCUCUGUUUUGA